AUGUCCCGCUCCCGCUCCUCGAUGGCCUCAUCGAGCCACCACGACCGCCUCGAACCCCGCCUCCUCAAGGCCGCUGCUACGGAUAAUCUAGAGGAUUUAAAAGAUGCUGUCGCCAUCGCGCAAGAUACGGGACAGUGCACGGAGGGGUUCUUGCGCGUGGGCUUGAUGCGCGCUGCGGAGAAAGGGAGUGUUCGCGCGACAAAGUAUCUGCUCUCGGUGCAGUUUUCAACAUUGACGAACACGAGAAAGGAUACGAAUGCCAAGAAUGACGAGGGAGGCGACACAGCAGGGAAGAAAGCGAGCGGCGGCGGGAAUGGAAAUGUCGGCAGGGUUAUACCGUCGCCGCUGCUCAAAGCCGUUGAGAAAAAUCAUAUACAGGUGGUGAAGCUUUUGCUCGAGGCCAAGGUCUCGACGGAGGGUGUGGACCGCAAGGGGCGCACGGCGCUCAUGACGGCCGCGUGGAAGAACCACUACCAUGUGCUGAAACAACUGAUCAAUGCAGGUGCGGACGUGAACGCGCGCGAUGCGCGACGCCGCAAUGUGCUGCAUAAUCUCGCGGCGGAUAAGACGUGCGACUGGGGUAAGGAUGUGAUCGAAGAGCUCCUGAAAACGGUCUGCGACAUUGAUGCGCAGGAUGAACUGGGCCGGACGCCGCUGCACUGGGCGUGUGCGACGGGCAAGGAGGAGCUGGCGAGGAUGCUGCUUACAAGGCCGUUGCUUGUGGGAGCGAAGAUCCCGGGCUCCGUGGGUACCAUGGCUGGCGCGGAUGUGAACGCCGUCGAAGGGAGGAACAAGACGGCGCUGCAUUUGGCCGUUGCACAUGGGAAUGGGGCUAUGCUGGGAUUAUUGCUGACUCAUGGCGCGGAUGUAAAUGCGCGCAGUGACGGCGGAUGGACACCGUUGCAUAACGCUUGUGAGCGGGGCAGCGAGAGUAUCGUGCGGACGCUGCUGGGCGCAGGCGCGAAGAUCAACUCGCAGCUGCUGAACGGGAUCUCGCCGCUGCAUCUGGCCGCGCAGGGCGGGCAUAAAGAGGUCGUGGAGUGUCUGCUCGAGCGGGCGGAUCUGAAGCAGCGACUGAGGGAUAACUUUGGGAGUACGCCUUUCUUGCGCGCGGCGCAGUUCAAGAGGAAGGACAUCGUGUCGCUUCUCGCGCCGUACAACAAUGUGACAGCGCUGAGCGAGGAUGCGCGCGGGGCGUGCGAGGGCUUCGAGGCGACGGUUGUGGAUUUCGGGAACUUUCACAACGAGAACAGGGUAAAGCGCACGUCUGUUUUCAAUCUGCUGUACGGUCGCGACCCGGAGAAUCGCAGGAAGCAGGCGUUUAAUGCUCUGCCUUUGAAUAGCAAGUCGACUGAUUUCCGCUGGAUCCACUUACCAGCAAAUAAUAUGGCAUGGGUCGAGGCCCUGCUGACCAAGGCGUUCAUCGAAGAAGGCGCGCAUGAUGUUGAGAGCUUCAAGGGCCUGGAACGGUCGUUCAACUAUCAGCAUCGUGGGCAGAAGAUGCAUUCGAACUUUAUGCGUCCACUGUGUCAGCACUCGCAGAGGGCGCCCAAGUUUCGUGAUGCGACGACGCGGGAUGACGCUGCGGAGGAAAAGACUGAGGAAGUCCGCUCGCCGCGGAUUCUUAUAAACGGAUUGUCGAAGGACUUGCCGCCCCCCUCGCCGAUCCCCUCGCCGUCGGCGAAGCUAGAUGGAGGAAAGGCUAAGAAGCAGAGGCCUAGUGGUAAGGUUGAACGUAUGGACUCGUACUCGCAGGAUGAUGGACCGAAUGUAUCGCAGGGAAAGAAAGGCAAGCGUGGAUCUGCAGGAACAUUGAAAGGGGCGGGGACGCCAAAACCCUCUAUUAAACGAGACCGAUCGCCGCGUCCACUGACUCUAUGCAAGGAUAAAGAUUACAAGAGCGCGAUGGACUGCAAUGUCUGCGUCUUCAUGCCGUAUCUGCAUUUUGAGACGGCGGAGCGGCGCGACAAGAUGCAAGAGGCGAUUGAAGAAGCGCAGGGGUCUCAGACGCCUCGCCCGGGCAUUAAUCGCACACCGACGCGCGAUGAAUUGCUCUUGCGCGCACAUCUCACCUCGUCGACGACCUCGCUACAUAUUCGACGGACACUCGAUCAGUUCUUCUACCCAAACAUUGACACGCAGACCCGCGACCAGGAUCAGGUCGUCUACAGGUACCAGACUAGAGGCUCGCGGACACCGGAGCCGAAGAUCUUCAUGGUUGACCAGUUGUGGAUGUGGAUUCUCGGACCGAGCUUGAUUGUCACGAGCUUUCCGCAGCGGUGGGAUCAGCCAAAGAAUGACCCGUUGAAUGUGUUGGAUGGGAUUAUCGAGGAUAUCAAUUCCAAGACGCGCGAGCCGGUGCGGUCGAUCUAUGAUCUUGCUAUUAUCAUCACGAAUCGCUGCUCGGGGGUGUUUGACCGGCAUAGAUUGGGUGACGACGAGUACCAGUUUUUGGAUAUGUUCGAGUCGUCUAUCGGUAUUGCGACGGAUCGAGAGAGCUCGCUGUUCAACAAAUUCAACAACGCAUCCAGGCAAGCUUCGGACUGGCUUAAGAACCACCGAAAGCUUAGCCGAUUCACACGACAGAAAGACGAAAAGGACACUGCAAAGCAACUAGACAAGGAAGAAAAGAAGAAGAAAAACAGCGGCGCACACGAUGACGACGAGCCGCUAUUCGUUGACAACCUGCUGGACAUCGGCCAGGAAACAGACCUCCUCUCCGAGGCGAAGGAUAUCCGUGACGAGCUCAACAUGAUCCGGACCGUGCUGGAACACCAACAACACGUCCUCGAUGACUUCCAGGAAGUCAUGUUCGACAUCUGGAAAAAGGAGCAGUGGUCGCAGCUCGAGGUCAAGAAGCGAUUCAAGGACCAGCAGCGCACAAUCGACAUGCACAUCAAGGACAUCGACCGAAUGGACAAGCAAGCCGAACGAAUCUACUCGUCCAUCACCGACCUCCUCGACCUGAAACAGAAACACGCCAACGCCUUUGAAGCCCGCUUCGCGCGCGAUCAGGCAGCCGGUACAGCACGCCAGGGGAAAAUCCUCAUGGUCUUCACCAUCGUAACCAUCGUCUUCCUUCCGCUAUCAUUCAUCACAUCGAUCUUCACAAUCCAACUACCAGAGUUCGAGAACCGGCUCGACCUCGCGUAUGUUGCCAAGUAUACCUUUAGCAUCGGCUUCGGGAUCUCGAUCCCGUUGGUGUUGCUCGCGCUCGUGUUGGAUGAUAUCGGGGAUGUGUUCCAGGAGGGCAUUAGACGGGUUAGGGGUUGGGUGAGGAGUCAUCGGAGGCUGUCAAGUUCACAGUCGUACGCGAGGGAUAGGGAUAGGGAUUUGUUGAUGAGAUUGAAGAUGGCGAGGCAGAGUCGUGAGAGGACGCUUUUGCCUACUAGGGAGCGUGAGCGGGACAGGGAGAGGGAGAGGGAGAGGACGAUUGAAAUGCACAAGACGUUGAGUGUGUGA